AGGGGAGAGCGGACGCCGGACCUGGGAGCUCAUGGCUGUCCUGCGGGUUCCGAGGAGACGGAGGGGGUCCCGUGCCCGCAUGAGUCUGGGAGUCGGUCCAGAUCCCGGUGGGUCACACCGUGCGCCAGUCUCCAGCUGUCCUGUCUGACCCCGUGAAGAGGCUCUUAAAUGUCCAUUUCACAGACGAAGACAGUGAGGCUCAGACAGGGGCCCUCUCGUCCACCAUGAAAGGCUCCCAGGCCACCAGCAGCCCCCCCGGACCCCCCGAAGGCAGCCUGGAAGGCUUGGACCUGAGUCUGACGGGGCUCCCUCCACCCAUGUCCCGACGCCCCAACAGCGCCUCUGCUGCCAAGCCUGUCGCCCGCUCCAUCUCCGUGGCCACAGGCAGCGAGCCGAAGAGGAAGGCGCUGGAGGCCACGGGGCCCGGGAGCUCCAGGGCCAUCAACAACCUUCGCAGGUCCAGCAGCACCACGCAGGUCCACCAGCCUCAAGCCAAGCAGGCGUGGGCCAGCCCCCUCAGGCCGGCGGAGCCCCCCGACUUCCUGAUGCUGUUUGAGAGCAGCUCCGGUGGGAACCAGAGGCCGGCCGGUGUGAGCAGGGCCUCCAGCGAGAAGGGGGCCACGUGGAACGUCCUGGACGACCAGCCCAGGGCCCUCCCCUCGCCGCCCGCCGCCCGGAGUCCCUGUGCCCUGGACACGCCGGCGGGCCCACGGAGGAGAGAGGGCACCGUCUCCCUGGCGCCCAACUUCACUGCCAACAACAGGAGCAACAAGGCGGCCGUGGGCAACUUCGUCACCACCAUGGUGCACAACAACCACGGCCCCGCGGACGCAGCGCCCAAGAGCUCCAACCGCACGGCGCCCUCCCUCAACAACCUCGUCAAGGCGGCCACCCGCGAGGGCGAGGGCAGCGGCGGCGGGAAACCACAGAAGAACUCGGCCAGCAGCAACCACGGGGCCCGGAACAACGCGGGGGCCGCCGGGGGCCUGCUCAGGCGGCGGGAGGUGACGGAAGAGGAGGCUGAGAGGUUUAUCCACCAGGUGAACCAGGCCGCCAUCACCAUCCAGCGCUGGUACCGGUACCAGGCCCAGCGGCGCCGAGCCCAAGCCACCAGCCUGGGGCACCUGCUAGCAUCCAAGCUUGAGCCACCCCUUUCCCAGGGCCAGCAGAAGCGGCGGGCAGAGGGCGACCUGCUGGACCUGCACCGGCAGAGGGAGGCAGCCCGGAAGAAGGCCCGCGAGGAGAAGGCGCGCCAGGCCAGACGGGCAGCCAUCCAGGAGCUGCAGCAGAAACGAGCCCAGAAGUCUGGCCACGGGACCCAGGAGCCGGGGAAGCCCCAGCCGGCCCAGGAGCCGCCCCUGCGGCCAGGAGACAGCGCUCAGCAGCCCCCCAAGGCCAACAACACGGGGGCCAGCUCCCGGACCCCGGGCCCCGAGGACCCCUGCCAGCCUAUCCCCGACGCCUCCCCAGAGGCCCAGCGGCUCCCGGACGACAAGCCACAGGACACCAGCGCCCAGGACGCGGCUGGUGAGGCCCUGGAGACGGGCGGCCCUGGGAGCAGGGCCCAGUGCAGGGCGACCCUGGACGAGCUGCUGGACACGCUGAGGCUGCUGGAGGAGGCGCCCGAGCCGUUGCCCCGCCCCGGGGCCUACCAUAAGGACAGAUACGCCUGGAGCGACGAGGAGGACGACGCCAGCUCCCUGACGGCCGACAACCUGGAGAAGUUCGGGAAGCUGAGUGCGCCCGCUGGGCCCCCCGAGGACGGGACGCUGCUGUCGGAGGCCAAGCUGCAGAGCAUUAUGUGCUUCCUGGACGAGAUGGAGCAGUCGGGGCGGGAACGGCCGGCCGCGGCCCCCCUGGUGCGCGGGUCCCCCCAUGCGCACGGGUCCCCCCAGGCGUCCGGGUCCCCCCGGGUGUCUGGGUCCCCCCAGGGGCUCGCAAUGGAGGAGGGGGGGCCGCGGUGCCUGGAGUCUGCAUCCGAGGUGAGCGCGUCUGUGAUGCGGCUGAAGCUGGAGGUGGAGGAGAAGAAGCAGGCGAUGGCGCUGCUACAGCGGGCGCUGGCGCAGCAGCGGGACCUCACCAUCCGGCGGGUCAAGGAGACGGAGAAGGAGCUGGGCCGGCAGCUGCGGCAGCAGAGGGAGCACUACGAGGCCACCAUCCAGCGGCACCUGUCCUUCAUCGACCAGCUGAUCGAAGACAAGAAGACCCUGGGGGAGAAGUGCGCGGCCGUGGUGGCCGAGCUGAAGCAGGGGGAGCAGAGGCGCCAGGAGAGGGAGGCCCAGAUGCGGGAGCAGCACGCGCUGGAGAUCAAGAAGCUCAAAGAGCUGAUGAGCGCGACAGAGAAGGUGCGCAGGGAGAAGUGGAUGAACGAGAAGACCCGGAAGAUCAAGGAGAUCACGGUCAGAGGAGCCGGGGUACUGCCAGGGCCCCCCGCUGCCAGGGUGAGGACGGGGUCCCUGCAGCGCUGGGCUCCUGCCCCCAGGCCUGGAGCCCGAGAUCCAGAAGCUGAUCGCCAAGCACAAGCAGGAGGUGAAGAAGCUGCGCAGCCUGCACGCGGCCGAGCUGCUGCAGGCGGACGAGCGGGCGGCCCAGCGCUACGGGCGCCAGGCGGAGGUGCUGCGGGAGCAGCUGGAGCAGGAGAAGGAGGCGCUGGCCCAGCAGGAGCGCGCGCGCACCCAGCAGCGCUUCGAGCAGCAACUGGAGCAGGAGCAGCGGGACCUGCAGCAGCUGCGCCGGCGGCUCUACAGCGAGGUGGCCGAGGAGAAGGAGCGGCUGGGCCAGCAGGCUGCCAGCGGGUGGAGCUGGAGGACCUGCGGCAGCAGCUGGAGGAGAGCAGUGCGGCCAGGGCCCGGGCCCUGCGGGCUGAGCUGGACAAGGGGCGGGAGGAGCUGGAGCAACGGCACCAGAUGGAGCUGCAGGCCCUGAAGGACCAGCUGGAGGUGGAGCGGCAGCUGUGGGAGGCCAACUGUGCCAAGAAGGAGGAAGCGUGGCUGCUGAGCCGGGAGCGGGAGCUGAAGGAGGAGAUCCGGAGAGGCCGCGACAAGGACAUCGAGCUGGUCAUCCGCCGGCUGGAGGCCGACAUGACACAGGCCAGGGAGGAGAGCGAGAGGGCCGCCGAGAGCCGCGUCAAGCGCCUCCGAGACCAGCACGAAGCGGAGCUGGCGGAGCUGGAGCAGGCGCAGCGGAGGCUGCAGGACCAGUGCGCCGAGCUGAGGGGGCGGCUGGCGGAGGCCGAGGGCGAGGGCGUGCGCCUGCAGGGCCUGGUGCGCCAGAAGGACAGGGCCCUGGCCGAAGCGAAGGCGGUGAACGAGCAGCUGGCGGGCGAGCGGAGCGGCCUGGCCCAGGUGCUCCGCCUGGAGUUCGCCGACCGGCUGGCCGCCUCCGAGGAGGAAAACCGGCAGGUCAGGGCCGAGCUGGCCGAGCUGCGGGCGCAGCAGCGGCUGGAGCUGGAGCAGCUCCGGCGGGAGAAGCAGGCGGAGCUGGAGGACGUGCAUGCCAGGGUGAAGGCGGCCCUGGCCAAGAAGGAGGAGGCUGUGAGCAGCCUCCGGAAGCAGCACCAGGCUGCGGUGAAGCGGGCCGACCACCUGGAGGAGCUGCUGGAGCAGCGCAGGCGGCCACUGCCCAGCGCCAAGUGACACCACCUCCCGAGACCGGGACAGGACGGGCAGCAGCUGGCGGGGUCCGGCAGGAGGUGGACCUGCCCUCCUUCCCUCUGCCCUGGGGCCCUGCGGCGAGAGCGCUGUGGCCGCGUGUGACAGUAAAGAGCUGUUUCUUAAUU